AUGCCGCAGGGCGAUUUACAGGCCUUCCUCACCGGCGGUGUUGCUGAUGAACGGAAAGCCGCCACNGCCGACGCCGACGACAGAGAGCGGAUGCCAUUGGAGGAGGAGCCAGAUCGGCCAGAAGUUCCUCCUGACUUCCCACCGGAAUCUUUCUGGCUCUCCAAGGAUGCGGAGUUUGACUGGUUCGAUCGAAAUGCCUUCUUGGAACGGAAAGAAUCCACUAAGGCCAGUUCUAAUUCCACGAAUUUGAAUCCUAAUUUACAUACGCAAUCUAAUUCGAAUUCGCAGCGGUUUUCGUUGAAUUUGAAGUCGAAGGCCUCGAUUAUUGGAUUGCCGAAGCCUCAGAACACUACCUAUGUCGACGCGAAGAAUCGACGAAAUUGCAAGUCCGGAAACAUACGGUUGUUUCCGAAACGGUCAGGAUCCGGUGGAAAAUCGGUUUCGUCGAUGAUCGAGCCUUCUUCUCCCAAGGUAUCGUGUAUGGGGAGAGUGAGAUCGAAGAAGGACCGAAAUCGGCAGAAGAAUAAUAAUCACCAUCACUCAUCAGAAUCAGAAAUAGCAACAAACGCAAAGGAGAAACCAGUCGAGAAACAGAGGAAAGGAUUCUUCGCGAGUUUCCGCGCUGUUUUCCGGAACAGUAGAAGAAGGCAACCAGUCAUCGAGCCGACUGCAUCUUCCCUCACUAACUCGCCUCCCGAACAGGACAUCAGAGCAUCUCCGCCGCGGACGACGGCGUCACUUCCAAACAAGAUCGACGAAACCGAACCGCCGUCCUUGGGCGGUUUGGAGCGAUUCACAUCGAGUAGAAGAUCCAGUUCGUGGAGCGUAAACGAGGCCGGUAAAGACGUGGAGUAG